AUGUCAUCAGAUCCGUAUCAACAGGCUAAUGGCCUCGAUGCCCUUUUUGACGACGAUGAAGAGAUGCUGGAUUCCGCUGCCGCUACUCCGUUCGAGCCGAGCUUCAGCGUUGCAGACGAAGGCGACAAUGAAUUGAGCAUGCUGAUGCACGAGGGCGGCGGUGAUGAAUCAUUUGAUCUGAAUCAACUGAACGAGAGAGAACUGGAUGUGGGUGAAAAGUCAGCAAAUGCUGUUGACUACGAGGAUAUUGGCGACGACGAUUCCCUACCUGAUGAAGAGUUCACCCAGGGUAAUGCACCAGAAGUCCCAUCCGAUAUUCUACCUGGUAUCGAAGAGGGCGCCCUGGAUGGCCUAGACGACGACGAUCUAUUUGGCCCUUCGAGUCCCAUCCUCACUGCACACGAGCCUCCACCCGCAGCGGUGCCCCCGAAGCCUCUCGAUAAACCCUUACGAGAUGCCGAUCAAGACUCGGACCUCGCUUCAGAGCACGGAGAUGUCGCAACUCAGGAUAUUUCCAUGCUCCAACCGGAGAUCGACGAAAUUGAAGAUGCUCAAUAUCGUAUUCAGCUGGCACUUUUUGCACAAUCGGGGACUGGUUAUGCUCCCAUGACCGAACAGGAAAAUAUCGAAGAAUGGCUGAAGCUCGAAUUUCCAAGCUUCAAGCGCGAUGAGAACCCUUACUUCAAUAUACUUUUCCCUCCAAGACUGCAAAAAUGGUCAGCAAAGACCCCUUCCAAACCGCCUCGAGCUCUUCGUCCUUCUAAGGUCAGCCUCGAAAUUGAACAGGAUCAGAGGACGGCGUUCAAUUCUGCAAUACCGGUUCCCGUGAUCGAUGCUCCAUCUGAAUUGGUCAAGACUCGGGAAGAAAUUGUUCACGAGGAAGAGGAGUCUGCGGACGACUCAGACCCGGAUGAGCCUUUGCCGAAUGGGUUGACCAUGCGCGAUUUGGAGUUCAUAUGUACUGAUUUUGAUACCCUUUCCCACCUUGGACUUUCCGAUGAGGAAGAAGUGGAAAUUGAGCCACGAAUCGCCCAUAGUGACGAUGAGAUGUUCGGCUUCAAUGAGUUUGAAGAAAUGGAACGUCCUCGCAAGAAACGCCGCCUUGGCUUGGAUCCUCGCGCCAUUGUCUCUAUUCAUGACAUGGGUAUUCGGUCUUUCGAUGACCCGGAGAGGUAUACCGCUAAACUAGCUGCUAAAGUCGUGCUUGAUCUCAACGAUCCAAAACUUCUCGUCGAGGAGGUUGAUGCGGAAGCCCUCAAAGCAAAAGCACGUCCCGGGGAGAAAGCUACGACCAUUAGAACACUCAAAGACCGCCUUCAACAUCGCUUCAAGAUAUCGAACGAUGCCGAGUAUGAUCUCCUCAAGCAAAAUCAUCAAUCCAAGGUUCGUGGCCAAUUGACGAGCAUGAAUAUUGAGCACUCUGUGCCCGCCAGGCGGCUCCAAUACCCGUACUAUCAAGUACGCCUCUCCCUACAAGAUUUGCGCAACUACCAUCGCAGGAGGAUGCACUUCAAACACAACAUCUCUUUCAGCCCACUCAAUAAGAUAAAGAGGAAGCACCAAAAAGGCAAGACGGUGGAACAGCUUUAUGCUACAACAAAGAAUCUAUCCAUGGGAGACACCUCUUCUACACUGUUGCUUGAGUACUCGGAAGAACAUCCUCUCAUGCUAUCACAACCUGGAAUGGGCAGCAAGGUCAUCAACUACUACAGAAAGCGCACUCCAGAUGAUUCUUACAGGCCAAAGCACGAUGUUGGAGAAACUAGUGUUUUACUUCUUGAGGAUAAGUCACCCUUCUACGUUUUUGGCCACAUUGAGCCUGGUGAAACUAUUAGUGCCCUGUACAAUUCAAUGUACAGAGCUCCUCUCUUCCAACAGGAUGCCCAGUCCCAGGAUUUCCUCGUUUUGAGAGAGUCUACAGGUCAAGAUGGGCCAAGACAUUACCUGCGCACUCUUGACAAUGUUUUUGUCGUUGGCCAAGAGCUUCCAUCAACUACCAUCCCUGGCACUCACUCUCGCAUGGUUACUACCGCCUCUAAGAACCGACUCAAGGCAAUUUCCUAUCGAAUGGCUCGCCGUAAGAAAUCGGCCAGAAUCCGUGUCGAAGAAGUCACCAAGCAUUUCCCGGACACAACAGAUAUGCAGAACAGGCAGAAGAUGAAGGAAUUCAUGGUCUUCAAUAAGGAACAUAAAGAAUGGGAAAUGAAACCUGGCGAGACAAUUCCCGAUGAGAAGACAAUUCAGUCUAUGAUUCGCCCAGAGGACAUCUGCCUCCUGGAGUCAAUGCAAGUUGGAGCACAAUACUUGCAAGAUGCUGGCUAUGCUGACAAUGACGACGACGAUGAUAAGGAUAAAGAUAAUGACAAUGACAGCAUCGAGCAGCAACUUGCACCAUGGCGGACCACCAAGAACUUCAUGCAAGCCACCCAAGGGAAAGCUAUGCUGAAGUUGUUUGGUGAGGGUGACCCGUCUGGGCGUGGAGAGGCAUUUUCGUUCAUCAAAACAAGCAUGAAAGGCGGAUUCCGACCAAUUGGAGGCUCCGCCCAAGAUGCAAUUACUCUCAAGAAAGAACUUGGUGGUCACAGCUACAAUGUGGCUCGCCAGCAACGGUCCUAUGAAGAGUCUAUUCGUGGUAUAUGGGACAAACAGAAGGCCAGUCUUGGCUCGAAGAUAGAACCCUCGGACCUUGACAUGGACGGUGAUGUCGACAAUCAAGAGGACAGAUACAAUGAACGGUCGAACAUCAGAUCUACGCCAAUGUCUGGAACCCAUACCCCUGCCCCCGGCCGACGUAGAGAUGAUGAAACAGGAACUUCGUUUAGUAAACGCAGUCUCACCAGCCAAGGUCAAAGCACAAAGUGUCUCCAAAUCUUCCGUACUGUCAUCCGCGACGGACGAGAAGUCGAAGAGAUUCAGUAUGAAAAUGAUCCCGCCGUUAUCAAACAGUACAUGAGGAUCAAAGAAAUGGAAGAGGCGCAGGCCACGAGGUAUGUAUGCAUGAAUCACACGGAUGAACAAAGCUCACAACAGUCUAGUCUCCAGGAUAUCCAAGUUACUGGCAAUGCUGAUUAUGACGCUCGGCAGAAGAAACGGCAAGAAAAUCCCUCUGCGCCCUUGGCUUGUGAGUGUCUUGAUGUACUAAUGAUCCCCAGACUCGAAGAGGCACUCGCCAAACUCGAAAAGAACGCCGCUCGUCGGAAGCAACGAACCAAAACCAAGAAUGCACUUGCAGAAGCCACUUCGCCAGGAGGGACUGUAUUGUCGCCGGAUCCGGAUGGAGUGGCCCCAGCAGGCAAAAACACACAGCCGACCCAGCGAAAGUGUGCAAAUUGUGGUCAAGUCGGCCAUAUUAAGACCAACAAAAAGUCCGUUAAGUGCAAUAAAUGCAACCUUCCCUUUGAUCGCAAAGUAGGGUCGAUCCUGGGUGAAGCACCAAGUUUGGAUGGAGUUAUGACCUUCUGA